GAGCAGAAUAACAACAACCAUUCGUUUCGAGAUUGUUAUUGAGCAGUAUAUUUUCGUUCACAGAUACCUUGUAUCUACAGGAUUAACGCUAUGGCAAGUUUCGUGGACGUGAAUAAUGUUGAGCCAACCACCUUUGAAGACACAUACUACGACGAGUACGAAUAUUAUAACCUUUCAGACAAAUACACAAGUGGCGCUAGCCGAAAGGGGAGGACAAAGAAGGAAGCCAGCGACAACACCAACCGACACAACCCCGGAGGCCACGAACGCAAGAUCGUGGAGAAACUUCAGAACACCGAAAAGAAAGCCAAGGAAUGAGCAAAAUAAGGGCAAAUCGGACGGCUAACCCUGGCAACCGACCAUGGCCGCAGACUGAGAUGGGCAGACAGAACGGAGAACUCCCAUGAAGGGCAGCGAAUGUAAAGACUACAUACUGCCAAUGAGUUUGACUGCAGCUUCUACGACUGGUGUUUUCAGGUCCUGGCUCUACAGAGCUUUAUGUUCUGUGGGAGUGGCCAUUGGGCGAAUAUAAGGUAGACGUCUACCGAAGGUGGUGUUUAGACUACCUAUGCAGAUGGUCAUCUGGUAGACGUCCAAAAACAGUGGGCUGAAAUGAUGUGACGUUGUUUUAGCAUCAUUAUGGUUUGGUUUAUAACGGCCCAUUGCUCAAAAACUGGAUUUUAUUUCGGGGAGGGACAUGACAUUUUUUGGCUUGUUUGGGUGGGAUGGUCUUUUUGGCUUGAUUACUUUAUUAUAAUAGACCAAUGUUUUUACAUUUGGUUAAGGGGUGGGGUCUACAUCACCCUUUCAGCCAAUCAGGUCCUUGUAUGUAAAUCUUAAAUUUUAAAAAGAAUGCAUGGGGAUAGGUUUUGCCAACAUAAUUUAUGCUUAGUUCAUGAUUAACAAAAUCUAAAAAAAUAUCUAACUCAAUGGAUAAUCUCUAAUGAGCGAUAAAAAAAUAAUAAUCCAGGACUAGGCUUAAUUUGUUUUCACAAAAUUUGCCCUAAAUAUUAAUUCACAAUACUUGUGGCUUAAAGUUUGUAAACCAAUGAGGUUCCUAAUAACAUUUAUUAAAAUAAAUGCUUUAAUCAAAUGAGUUCACAAGUUGUGGUUUUGUCAUCUUUCAAUGAUGGUUGUGGGGUUUGCACUGUUCAAACAAGUCAAUAGGUGGCAGUAACAGUCUUGACUCUCAAGUCAUAGUCCUGGGGAUGUGCUAAUACUGAAAAUACAUUUGUAACUAAGAUUUAAGGAAUUAUUGUCAAGAGGAGUACCCUUUGAAGAGCAUGCUAGAGAAAAUGCAAAAGAAUAGCAAUUUGUAUUGCCUUCAAUUUAGUUUGCGCUAACUGAUAAUGACAAACUUGAGUUUGGUGCUUAAUAUUCCUUUCCCUUUGAACUGAAAUUAGUUGAUGUUAUGCAAGGUUUUUAGAUAAUUAAUAAACAUCCUUUCAAAAGUA